AUGACCUGCGUGCGGCGGCAGGGGGGCUCCAUCGUGGACCUCGCCUUUGCAUCCCCUUCUUUGGCGGCCUGUGUAGUGGACUGGCGGGUGGAGCUGGUGGAGACGCUGUCCGACCACCGAUAUGUGCGGUUUGAUGUUUCCACCCCGGGCUCCCAGGGGACCCAGGAGGGUCGGUCGCACUUCCCAAGGUGGGCGCUCUCCCGCCUAGAUCGGGAGGCCGCCGUAGAGGCGGCGUUCGUCCAGGACUGGCUGUCCUCUUCUGUCGGAGUCCGUAAUGUGAACGCCACAGCGGGCCAGUUAAGGGUAUCCCUGACCGAGGUGUGCAACUCUAGCAUGCCUCGGUCUCAUCGUCCGCCACCUAGACGUGCCGUUUAUUGGUGGUCGGAGGAAUUGGGUGAUCUACGGGCCGCCUGUGUGGCAGCCAGGCGGGCCUACACAAGAAGCCGGCGGCGGCGCCUUCGCGACCUUGACAACGAGGACCGCCUCUAUGCAGCCUACAUAGAGGCUAAGUCGACACUGACGGCGCGAAUGGGCACAGCCCAGGAUUGUGCGAGGGCGGAAAUGUUUGAAGGUUUGGACAUUGACCCCUUUGGGAGGCCGUACAAGGCCGCAUGCAACAUGCGCAUUGCGCCCGUACGGUCCCCCCGUUGCCGAAACCCUCGAACCGUCUUUGCUGGAUGGGGUGGUCCAGUCCCUGUUUCCGCGCAGGGAUAA